AUGGUGUUGGAUUUGAUGUUGCUAGUUGUUGGAUUUGAUGUUACUAGGUAUAAUAGUAUUAUAUUAGUUGUUAAACUUAGAUGUUGGAUGUUGGAUUUGAUGUUACUAGGUAUAAUGAUGUUGGAUUUGAUGUUUCUAGGUAUAAUGAUGUUGGAUUUGAUGUUACUAGGUAUAAUGAUGUUGGAUUUGAUGUUUCUAGGUAUAAUGAUGUUGGAUUUGAUGUUACUAGGUAUAAUGAUGUUGGAUUUGAUGUUACUAGGUAUAAUGGUGUUGGAUUUGAUGUUACUAGGUAUAAUGGUGUUGGAUUUGAUGUUACUAGGUAUAAUGGUGUUGGAUUUGAUGUUACUAGGUAUAAUGGUGUUGGAUUUGAUGUUACUAGGUGUUGGAUUUGAUGUUACUAGGUAUAAUGGUAUUAAUCUCAUGGAUUAUAUAAACAUAUCAGAGAAUGAUGCUCAAGCUCACCCCACCUCAAAUAAUCAUAAUAAGACGUUGGCAUUGGUCAUGGAUGAAACAGUGAGACAGAUAGUUCUUCCAGAUAACAUAGCAGAGCUAGCUUUAAAACUUAUUUCUAAUACUUCCAAAAUUUCAUUUUUGGCUACUGUAAAACAAGAGAUAGGUAACAGUGGAAGCAUCAUAGCUCUCUCUGCUGGAAUGCUAAGAUUUCUUGAUAUUGAAAGCCGAGGUGGCAGAGAUGAAAUACGGUUUCAUUAUACACAUAGAACACAAAUCCAAGUUGAAACAUUCCCCUAUAGACUAGGUGAUAAUACAUGGCAUAAACUAGCCGUAAUCCUCAACGACAACCAACUCAGCCUAUAUAUUGAUUGUAAUAAGAUAUAUGAGAGAACCAUCGAACCGGUAGAUCGUACCUUUAAAGCUGGUAAACUCUCUCUAUUUAUUGGACAACGCAACCGACACCACGCCUUCUUUAGGGGUUAUUUGAAAGAUAUAAGAAUUGUUGGGAAUGAUCAUGGUCAUCUAUUACAAUGCAAGAAAGAAAAUUCAGGUUGCCCGUCCAUUGCUCAAUAUGAAUAUUUAGAAGACAAAUUGAAUAGUCUCUAUACUGAAUACAACAAUAUGUCCACUAAGCUAACAAAUGCAGAGAAACAUAUAAAAGAUUUACAGAAUUGUAACUGUUUAAAUACCUGCUAUGUUAAUGGUACUUUAUAUAAAGAGGGAGAUAUUUGGAAAAAAGAAAAAUGUUCUAUAUGCAAUUGCAAGAAUUCUUCAGUAAUGUGUAAUAGAGUUGAAUGUCCUGAUAUAAAAUGUUUAAAACCUUUUUCACAAAAAGGUCAAUGCUGCCCAUCUUGCUUAAUGAGUUGUUUUUAUAGUGGACAGUAUUAUAGUCAUGGGGAGAAUUUUCAACCCAGGGUUUGUGUCAAAUGCAUCUGUGAUAAUGGUGAAACAAUCUGUUUGAAACAAAACCCUGAAGAAAUUUGUCCAAAAUUAAAUUGUACUAGUAAUGAUACAAUACAUGUUGAGGGAGAGUGCUGUCCUAUUUGUAAAGGAACUGAUUUUUGUGGUGAAGGAAAUGAUUGCCAUGUUAAUGCAGUCUGUGUUAAUUUGUUAACUAAAUAUGCUUGUCAAUGCAAUGAAGGUUACCAAGGUGAUGGUAGACAUUGUGGAGCUUGUUGA